AUUGAUCAAAAACUCAAAAUACAAAUAUUUAUUUUCUGGUCGGAAUAAUGGCUAGGAGACCUCUAAGUCACCGGCUUUUGACGUGGGAUAACCGGGAAACUGAUUUUUCCGGCGAGCCUGCAAUUAAUGUUUCUGACACAAUUUUUAGCUUUCUCGAUGAGGAGGGUCAAGGUUCAUCACUAGAAAGUGUGAAUGAUGAUGUUAAUUAUGUUGAAGAUGAAAAUGAGGAGAAAGAAAACUCUGAAAAUGUUGAAGACAAUCAGUUCUGGGAAACUCAACAUCAACUUUUACAAUCUGUAUUAUGCCGGACGACGUCAUUAGAGUCACAGCUUCGAAGCAUUACUAAAGAAACAAUAAAAGAGGCAAAGCACUCUGCAGAAAAUGGUUGCUCUAAUUGCAGCUGUAAAAUGGUCAAUAGUGGCUGCCACAACUGUCUCAUGAAAGAGGUAUGUAGUCGUCUCCAAAAUGCAGGUUUCAACUCUGCGAUUUGCAAGUCUAAAUGGAAGAGCUCACCAGAUAUUCCCUCAGGUGAACACACAUUCAUAGACGUGGUGGACAAUUCUAACCCUAAAAAAGGAGAAGUGAGGGUUAUUAUUGAAUUAAAUUUUCGAGCCGAGUUUGAAAUAGCCAAAGCAAGCGAAGAGUACAAUCAACUGGUGAAAUGCCUAUCAGAAGUCUUUGUUGGAAAAAUUGAAAGAUUAAUGUCAGUAAUCAAGAUUUUGUGCAAUGCUGCUAAGAAAUGCAUGAAGGAGAAGAAAAUGCAUAUGGGGCCAUGGCGGAAGCAAAAAUACAUGCAAGCUAAGUGGCUUAAAACAUCAGAACGUGUGACUGCUAAACCUCAAUUAUCAGCUGACGAAUAUUAUUCAAGCCGAUUGCCACGGCCGAAGACAUCCAUGCUUACUGUUGAUUUGUUGGAAAAUUUUCCAAGUUUACAUAGUACUGCUGUUGAAGUGGUGUGAAGUAGAGAUGUAUAGACAUUAAUUAGUUCUACUAUCGAGCGAUUGCUGUAAACAAUUGAGUGUUCCAGUUUUGUAGCUUUCCUCUUUUAGGCCUUUGAGCUUAUAAUAAGCUAAUGAACUCGAGUAUAGAUUAUAUUUUGUAACACGUGGAAGUUGGCUGAC